CGCCGAAGUGAUACGAAACCGUACGAGGUCACACGCUUAGACUCUACUCUCGCAAGGUGAAAACUGAAAACAGUUGUUCACCGCUAUCGCCGGGGUAUCUUUUGUUAAAAAUCACCAUACGUGCUGAAAAAUGUGCUCGGGAAUUUUAAAGGUAAACUCACCAACCCCAUUCACAACCUGUCAUUAGUUACCGAGGAUGAAAAUAUUGUGAUAUUGGCGCUGUCAUCGGAAAGUACCUGCCCGGCAGCAGAUAUAGGUACCGUUAAAAUAUUGUGGCCUCUAAGUUUGUGCGGCUGGUGUACUACUUUAUUUUGUUACAAAGUUACGGUCCUACACGCGUAUCUGUGCCAUAGGUCGUGGUUGCCCUCCGCCAUAUGAUAACUUCGGGUGUCAUCUGGCAAAAAUUGUUUUCAGUUCCACAUUGUGUAGUGCGGCAAAUUCUUUAGUAGAAAUUUGAAAUGCUGCCCAGGGAUAUACAUUCAUCACUCAUUGUAUAUCCUUUGUAGUGAUGAACAUCAAAUAUGUUCAGCAGUCUUUUUGAAAACCAAAGGGCUCGUCAAUAAACCAAUUAUUCUGUACACUGUGUAGCAAAUUUGUACAUCUGAAAACCGAAGUUGCCUCUCAUAAAAAAUAAUUGAAGGGCAUUACAAGAGAAUUCCAAUCAUUGCUACUCUCAGAUGUAACCUUCGUGGCAUAACAUAUAUGGUAUAGAUGGUUUCAAUUACACACACAUGUUGCAUACAUAUAGAAAAGUAUCAAGGAAGCACAAAUCGAACGAGAUACGCUCCAGGGAAUGCGAAUAACAUACGAUUCAGGCGUAUCCUUUUAAAAUAUACAUGAUACACGAUACGGGAGGACGCUAAACUAACACAAUUAUGUCACAAUCAACAAAUUUCGUAACCGUCGUGGCUGUGAGAACCGGGGAACGAGAGGGCAACAAAGAAAACAUCAAUUUCGACGCGAACAGCCAAGGAUAUGUGACUGUUUUGACUAUCAGUGAUGCCGAAAACAACAACAAAACCCUAAAGGGGAUCACCGAAGAAGUGAUCGUGUACAGAUUGCCCGGUGAAAAGCUAGGUUUCGGCCUAAAGUUCGAGGGAGGUACCAAAGCCAAUGAAUUCGUGAAACGCUUGUUCAUUCAGUCUUGCGCGGCCGACAGUCCUGCCUCGCGAGUCCAGAGUUCCUGGGGCAAACUUACAGAAGGCGAUGAGGUGCUGGAGAUAGACAGCAUUCCUGUCAAUACUAUGACCAGGAUAGAUUGCGUUAGGUGUCUCAAGGACUCUAACGUAGCUAUCAAGUUGUUGGUGCGACAUUUGUGUGAGAAUACAUUGGAAAGUAAGCAGUCUGAAGGCGAGGAAAAAAGGUUGCCUCCUGUGCCCCCGCCUGUUCCACCAAGGAAGAUACAUAGGAAGAUGUUGAAGAACAUCCAGAAGGAAACAAGCACAACAGAGACAUCCCAAGAACUCGAGGUGACGAGUCACCCAAUGAUAUCGGCAAAGCCCCCAAAAAAACUCCAGCACAGCCGAAGCAUGAGAGCCUACUACUCAUCACCCGACGUCCACAGAAGGGUGAGGAGGUUCUCGGACGGCAACCUCGGACCUCCUGAGGCAGGCGUCUACACAGACCUCAUAUCCCAAGAAUCCACACAGAGCCUGAGCGAAUCUGAUGACACAGAAAGUACAAUAUCCACAGUUAUUGAUAAGUUUGGGUCAGUCCCCAACACCACGACCUCUAGCUUCGCUGGCAGUCUACCCUCCACACCUACCUCGAUUCAGAAGAAAUUGGAUGUCUCGAAUUUGGCAGUCUAUGAUGAUGAGGAAUGCGUCGCCCCGCCUAGGUUGCCUGCCAAGCCUGUGGUGCAGAAUAAGGAGGAGAACAACAACGUCGUCGAUGGGGUGGACCCCUUGUGUUUCCAAGACGCGCCACUGAGCUACGGCAAUGAAAGCACGUCAGUACUGUGCAUAAACGAAUCAGACGGCGUGACAGAAGAACCUAUCAAAGAAGAAAAACAUUCAAAGAAACCCCCUGUUCCACCGAGAGCCCGAACCACCGUCCUAACCACAGUCGACACUGCCAGCAAAGACAAGAAAAGCGAGAACCUGCCCAGAUUGGUGGAUUUCGUCCCGAAAUCAGCGAACAGUCCCAGGGACAGCCCGGAAAACUCGGCGGAGAUUAUGAGACUAUUUUUAGAAAACGAACGCCACAAAACAAACGCUAUCGAUUUUAAUCCGACCGAAAAUGAUAAUUAUCGCAACGGGAUUGAUAUGUACUGUUCUAAGUGGAGUUUGUCCUUUCAGUUGACUACCAUUGGCGAAGUAGAGGAAGAAAGUGGCGCUGAUCCAAGCAACAAGCCUUCGAUAAAGACCACGCCAGUGGUAAUAGUUGAAAGUGCGGAUGGUAACAGCGAAAAGCAGGCAUUCCACAAUGGGACCAUGAACGGCGUCGCCAACAAAGGCUGUUGACAUUAUUUAUAUCAACGUUUACAGGCUACGGUUAGUUGGAUCACUGUCCCAACCAGAAGCUGCUUUCCAGCCGUUUUUAUUUCCAAUAAACUCUUAUUCCAAGCUGAUGUUUGUGUUUGGUGCACGAAAUAUGUACAAAUACCAGAAUUUUGGUUGUAGCUUCAAACAUGAAAAGUCAAGGCUGUCAGUUUAUUAUAGAUAUACAGAUACCUGUUCGGUUAAUGGCUUACUUCUUUCACAUAUUUUGUAAUUUAGGUAAUACUGAUUAUACAGGGUGAUUCAAAAAUCGUGACCAAAAAUGACACAUCAGACACAGGACCACAUUUGAAAGGGGGGGGUCUUCUAUGUAACAAAUAUGAAUGAGACGGCAAGAUGGAAACUAAAAAUAUAUCAGCAAGGAAAAUUGCCCUCUGCUGCGACAAAAAAAAUGACAAAUACAAGUCCGAG